UGGUUCUCGUGUGAUACGUGUGAAACGCCAUUUCUUCAACCAAUAAGUAAAAUGUUACUUAAACCAGCUCCAGAGUAGCCAACGCGCAUAUUUGAAACCUGUAUUUUUGUGAUGCUGCUGCUGUUGUAAUCCAGGCGUGUGCAGCGCGACUCUAGAGUUCCAGGUGAGAGCUGGAACCAGGAAGUAUCUGGAGAGUCUGCGGGUGUGGAGUGCGACGGUGCUCAUCAAACAUGUCAGAUGUUAGGUACUGCGAGAGGUGCUCCUACCUGUUUCUAAAGUUCUCUCUCAUCAUAUACGCCACCGUUUUCUGGCUGAUUGGUGGUUUCAUCUUGGCCAUUGGCAUCUAUGCGGAGGUGGAGCGCCAGCGCUAUAAGACCCUGCAGGGGGCGUUCCUAGCCCCGGCCAUCAUCCUCAUCCUCCUGGGCGUGGUCAUGUUCAUCGUGUCCUUCAUCGGGGUGCUGGCUUCCCUCAGGGAUAACCUGAACCUCCUCAAAGUGUUUCUCUACAUGCUCAGCGUCUGUUUAAUCCUGGAGCUUCUUGGAGGAAUCCUGGCUCUUGCAUUUAGAAACCAGACAGUGGACCUGCUAAACAAAAACAUCCGAAAAGGCAUGGUGAAUUAUUACGACGAUCUAGACUUCAAAAACAUACUGGAUUUUGUUCAAAGAAAGUUCCAGUGCUGUGGCAGCGAGGAGUUCACGGACUGGGAAGUGAACAUGUACCACAACUGCAGCGGCCGCGGACCCCUGGCCUGUGGAGUGCCCUACACCUGCUGCCUGGAGACUAUGCCCAAUGAAGUUGUCAAUACACUAUGUGGAUCCAACGUGAUGAAUAAAAAUCGCCAUGAAUUGGGAAACGUAAUCAAUGUUCGAGGCUGCACAAACGCUGUCUUUAUCUGGUUCAUGGAUAACUAUAAGAUCAUGGCUGGUUUGCUACUUGGCAUACUCCUACCACAGGUAAGUUAUCCCUAAAGCACUGUGUACUGUGUCAUAGAUGUGUAGUAUACUGUCCUAGUGCCCAUCUCCACACAGUUAAGUUUGGUACUUAUCUUUUUCCUCAAAUGAAAUGUAUUUUUUCUGUACAAGCUUCUUUCAUAGGACAUUGUCUAGGCUUUCCAAAAUAGUUAUUAGAGGAAGUUUGGUGUCUUUAAAUAUGAGCACACACAUAUAUAAAUACAUCUGUGUUAUUCAUACAU